CCCCGCCAAUCGGUGCCGGCCGGGCCCGGCGAGGCGGCCCGGGCCGGGGGGGGCAGCGGGGGGGCCCGGCCCGUCCCGCCGCCGCCGGCCCCGCCGAGCCAUAAAGCCCAUGGGGAGGCGGCGGCGGGGCUGAGCCAGCCGGGACCGGGACCCCGGGUCCUCCCCGAGCAAGAUGACGUCGGCCACCAAGGUUUACUACAGCCAGACCACGCAGACCGAGGGCCGCCCGCUGAUGGGGCUGCGCCGGCGCCGGGUGCUCACCAAGGACGGGCGCAGCAACGUGCGCAUGGAGCACAUCGCCGACAAGCGCUUCCUCUACCUCAAGGACCUCUGGACCACCUUCAUCGACAUGCAGUGGCGCUACAAGCUGCUCCUCUUCUCCGCCACCUUCGCCGGCACCUGGUUCGCCUUCGGCGUCGUCUGGUACCUGGUGGCCGUGGCCCACGGGGACCUGCUGGAGUUCGAGCCGCCGGCCAACCACACGCCGUGCGUGAUGCAGGUGCACACGCUCACCGGAGCCUUCCUCUUCUCCUUGGAGUCCCAGACCACCAUCGGCUACGGCUUCCGCUACAUCAGCGAGGAGUGCCCAUUGGCCAUCGUGCUGCUCAUCGCCCAGCUGGUCCUCACCACCAUCCUGGAGAUCUUCAUCACCGGCACCUUCUUGGCUAAGAUCGCCCGGCCUAAGAAACGCGCCGAGACCAUCAAGUUCAGCCAGAACGCCGUGGUGGCCCAACACGAGGGCAAGACCUGCUUGAUGGUGCGCGUGGCCAACAUGCGCAAGAGCCUCCUCAUCGGCUGCCAGGUCACCGGGAAGCUCCUACGGCCCCACCUCACCAAGGAAGGCGAGAACCUGCGGCUCAACCAACUCAACGUGGACUUCCAGGUGGACACGUCCUCCGACAGCCCCUUCCUCAUCCUGCCCCUCACCUUCUACCACGUGCUGGACGACGCCAGCCCGUUCCGCGACGUGGCCCUUCGCGCGGGGGACGGGGACUUCGAGCUGGUGGUGAUCCUGAGCGGCACGGUGGAGUCCACCAGCGCCACGUGCCAGGUGCGCACGUCCUACCUGCCCGAGGAGAUCCUGUGGGGUUACGAGUUCAGCCCGGCCAUCUCGCUCUCGGCCAGCGGCAAGUACGUGGCCGAUUUCAGCCUGUUCGACCGCGUGGUGCAGGUGGCGGCGCCGUGUCCCCAACGCGGGGGCGGCCGCCUCGGGGACCCCGAGAAGGUGAAGCUGGAGGAGUCGCUGCGGGAGGCGGGUGACAGGGAGGGGACGGCGCUGAGCGUGCGCAUCAGCAACGUCUGACGGGACGGGGGACACUGGGCACAGAGGGGACAAUGGCCCCGGAGGUGUCACCAGCCCCAGAGGUGUCACCAGCCCCGGAGGUGCCACGAGUCCCCCCCCCCCAGGUGCCACUAGCCACUAGAUGCCACCAGCCCUGGAGGUGUCACCAGCCCUGGAGGUGUCACCAGCCCUGGAGGUGCAGCCAGCUCUUAAUGCCACCAGCCCCCCAGGUGUCACCAGCUCUGGAGGUGUCACCAGCCCUUAAUGCCACCAGCUCUGGAGGUGGCACCAGCUCUGGAGGUGGCACCAGCCCCUCCCCAGGUGCCACUAGCCACUAGAUGCCACCAGCCCUGGAGGUGUCACCAGCCCUGGAGGUGCGGCCAGCCCUUAGUGUCACCAGCCCCCCAGGUGUCACCAGCUCUGGAAGUGUCACCAGCCCUUAAUGCCACCAGCUCUGGAGGUGGCACCAGCCCCCGCCAGGUGCCACUAGCCACUAGAGAUGACACCGGCCCUGAAGGUGUCACCAUCCCUGAAGGUGCCGCCAGCCCUGGACGUGCCACCAGCUCUGGAGGUGUCACCAGCCCUUAAUGCCACCAGCUCUGGAAGUGCCACCAACUCUGGAGGUGUCACCAGCUCUGGAGGUGUCACCAGUCCCCCAGGUGCCACCAGCCCUUAAUGUCACCAGCUCUGGAGGUGUCACUAGUGCUGAAGAUGCCACCAGCUCCCCCAGGUGCCGCCAGCCCUUAAUGUCACCAGCUCUGGGAGGUGUCACAAGUCCUUAAGGUGCCACCAGCCCUGGAGGUGCCACCAGCCCUUAAUGCCACCAGCCCUGGAGAUGCCACUGACUCAUCCCCCCCCAUCCCAUCCCAUCCCAUCCCCUCCUGGGCCAUUUUGCCCCCCAAAACCCCCCCAGGCCGGACCCUCCCCCCUGCGCUGACCCCCCUGCUCCAGGUCAGGGUUGGGGACACAUCCCAGGGUUGGGGACACGAGCUGGGGCUGGGGACGCACCCCAGGGUGUCACCGAUAAUCGGACGCGGCGCCGUGUCCCCCCGGGCCGGGUGCCCCCCCGGCCCCAUCGCUGCUGCUAACGUAGAGCUCUGCUAAUUAACCGCGGCCCCCCCGCGCCGACACCCCAUAUACAUUAUAUAUAUAUAUAUAUAUAUAUAUAUAUAGCACCACUAAUCGUAUGUACAGACCAGGGGGGGCCGUUUCCUCCCCACACAGACUGUCCUACCCCCCCAUCCUGGGUCUUUGAUUUAGGGGGGGGAAAGGUAAAGCGGCUACUAAAUAAAGGUGAUGUUGACCGUG